GUGAGAGUAGCCGCUGCUCACAAUCAAGCUUGUUUCAGCAGCGCCAUGGGAAGUGGUGCUGCUGUCUUCGGUAGUGCGAGCGUGGGAUACCAAAGCGUGAAGUACACAGCGCCCACGUUCAGUGGAGACGCCAAGAGCUUUUCUUCGUGGCUAGAGGAUUUGUUUAUGGCAGCGGACACAGCAAACCUUCUUGAGUUUUUCGAGGAGGGGGGGGCGGAGAUCCCCGUAAACAGUGGGCAGAGCAAAGUCCAACUGUCCAGGUUUUACCCGCACGACAAAGUAGAGCUCGCUUUCCACGCGUGGAAUUUCCUCCGUGGAGCUCUCAAGGACGAGAAAGACAGGACAAUAAUGAAGCGAGCUGAGUCGCCCCUGGGGGCGCUCCGUGAGCUGAAGGGGUUGUACGACCCAAAAUCGUCCAUGCAGCCUGCGGAUGAGUUAAAAUCCCUGACAUCCAAGAAGAUCCCGAUGGCAGAGAAUCCGCAACAUGCUCUCAACAGUAUGCUCGCCACCGCAGAGUCCCUUUCGAAACGGGGGCUUGAUGUUUACGAAACCUUCGUUUUGCACCUCUUCUUGGAUGCCCUCUCCAACGAGUACGCUAUGACCAAGCACGACCUCAGACAAAAGGAGAAGUUGACAAGGAGUGACGUCCUGGAGGAGGUCACCAUCGAAUAUCGAUCAAUCAUGGAGAAGGUGAAGGCGGGGAAAGGCAAGGGCGCACGCCGCACCGAGCAGGCCUACCUCGCCGAUGGAGGCGGCCGCCGUGGGCGGUCGUCGUGGCGUGGGGGCGGCCGCCGAGGGCGGUCGUCCUGGCGUGGUCGUGGCGGUGGCCGCAGCGGCGGCCGCGGGGGCGGCGACAGCAGCGGAAAAGGCGGUGGCGGCGUCGAGGAGAGCAAGGGGAGUGGCUCUGGUGGGGCAGAUGGCGGCGGUACCGGGGACAAGAAGUUCCCGGGCCGGUGCUUCACGUGUGGCCGUUUCGGACACACGCAGCAGGACUGCACCACCAAGGAGAGCGACUACCUCCCGCAGUGCUCACACUGCGCAGGAUGGGGUCACAGCAAAGACAAGUCCGCGCCGGAGGAGGCCGUCCUGGCGCAGAUCGUCCAUGCCGACAGCGACNGUCGUCCUGGCGUGGUCGUGGCGGUGGCCGCAGCGGCGGCCGCGGGCAGCGGAAAAGGCGGCGGCGGCGUCGAGGAGAGCAAGGGGAGUGGCUCUGGUGGGGCAGAUGGCGGCGGUACCGGGGACAAGAAGUUCCCGGGCCGGUGCUUCACGUGUGGCCGUUUCGGACACACGCAGCAGGACUGCACCAC